AUGCCGAGCAUCGACCAGGUUCGUGAUCGUUUGGGCUUGGCAUCGCCAGAGAUUCAGGCCCUGUUUGUGGAAGAGCCGGCAUCCGCUCGCACCUAUGGUGGGCGCGUCUGUCGCUUUGCCGGCCGGCUGGAACAGGGGCCCUCUGCCCCGCAGAGCUUGCUUGACCGGCUGAAUGACCGGCUGGAACGGGCGGAGCCAUCGAGUGAACCUGCUGUGGAAGUGUUCCUACAGGAGGGCGAGGAUGAGGAAGAAGAGGAGGACCGUGUCCGUUUGUUCGUGUUCCUCCGCAGUGAUCUUCCUUUCGUCCACGGCGAGGAAGCCGCUGAACUGGAAAUGCUGGGCUCUUCCCUGGGAGUGUUUGUUUUCUUCCUCUGUGGCGCGCAGCUCUUCACGCAGACCAAGAUCUCGGAAGAGCUGAUGAAGCCACUGGAGGUACUGCCGUGGGACUCAGACGUGCUUCAGCUUAUGGCGGACGACUUUGAGAAUGUCCUCCCAAUUUGGCCGGUGGUGCCCGCGCUGUUCACGACCUUGAGUGCCGGGCUGCUAGCGCGGCAAGUUGUAGCUGAGCAGCGGGGCAUCGAGAUCACAUCCUUCAGCUUGCCGUCCGUGAGCUUUGGGCACUUGGGCAGCACGUACAUCAUGAAGAGGAUGAGGUCUUCUCGCGGAGCCGACUUUGAUGUGGCCGCGUCCGCCCCCGUCUCCUCCCUGGCCGUGUCUGCUGCCUUGGUGGCAGUGGGAUUGCAGGUACAAAACGUGGACGUUGCCCCGCUGCAGCUUCCGGCCCUGCAGUUCCCCGCCAGCCUAGCUGCCUUCAUGGGCUAUCCCAUCCCGAUUCAGCAGGAGGUCGGUGGCGAUGCCAGCAGUCGUAGCAGUGUCUCCUUCACCGUGUGCUGUGCCAUCGAGUGUUUCACAUGCGCUCUGCAGAGCAUGCAGCCGUUUGGGACCUGGUCGUUGCCAGCGUCUCCGCCACUGACGAGGGCGGCAGCUGCAACGCCAACACGGCGCAGCAAGGCACUGCAGUCCUUCGCCGCUGCCAGCGCGGCAGCCACGCUAGCAGCCCUCACUGCACGUGUUGGAGGUGUUGGGGGGCGCCUGCAGGCACGCAAGAGGCCACUUGGUCUUUAUGGCAGAAGAGGGCCACAGGUGCAAGUGGCAGCCUCCAACCAGUAUGAGGUCGUGCCACGGGAAGGCUGCGCAUUCGGUGCCUCAGUGCGGGGCUUCAGUGUCAAAGAUGCGCUGGAUGACGCCGCGGUCAUGGAACAAAUCCGAUCGGAUAUGUACAAACACCGACUCUUGAUUUUCCACGGGCAGACGGACUUGAUGCCGGAAGACCACAUCAAGUUGAGUGAGCAUCUAGGUUCGCUGGAGCACAUCCUCCAUCGGCCGCACCCGAAGUCGCCAGAUCCUCGGCUACUCCGUGUGGCCAACGACGACCGUGAAGGCUUCAUGUCGGUGGGCACUAGUGGCUGGCACGUGGAUGGCGUUAUGCUGCAAGCACCGUUUGCGGCUCAGACGAUGCACCAUUUGCAUGCCAUACCUGGUGGGGAUACCUUGUUUUUGGGCCUGAAUGAGCUACUGGAGUCCAUGGACGAGGAUCUUCGCGCUCUUUGUGAGCGCCUGUGGUUUGUGUCUGGUGUUGGUGAGGACCUCCAGCAGGGCGAAGGGCAGAUGUCUCUCUUGCCUUUGGUGUACAAGCACCCCUUCACCGGAGAGAAGACGAUGUGUUUCCACUUGGGUCAAACAUAUUGCUUGGGCUUUGUGGAGGAGCAACCUUUGAAUGCAGUGCUGGAAGCUUUUGCAAAUGUCAUGACCCGCGGAGACAAGCUUGUGAACGACGCGCGGUACUCCCUUCAGCGAGUUCUUGCCGGGCCGGCCGACGACUGCCCAUCGCAAUUUCGCUUCUUGCCGGCUUUGCCUGUGCAGGACUGCCUGCAGAAGGCCAUUGACGGCAUGGACCCGGAAACCCGGAGCCGAAGUAUUCUUCGGGUAGAGUGGGACAGGGGCGACCUCGCACUGAUUGACAACAUGGGCUUGGCACAUCUGCCAGCUCCUGGCACCCAGUCGCUGCCCCUCAUCAGCGGACUACGAGUAUUCCAUCGCACCACCAUGGUGAACCCAGAGGCCGAAGUUCGAAAUCUUCGAGGUGCUCCAUCUGUCCUGCUCGGAGGCGAGAGGCGAGAAGGGCCGGUCUCAGAUGAAGCUGUGACUGAUCCGGACGCCAUGCGUGACAUUCUGAGAGCUUUGAUGGCUGCAACACCUAUCAACCCUGACGAGUUGGGAGGCGAUCAGCGAGGCGGGGAUUUGCAGAUCCCCAAAAAUGUACCCGCAAGGGAAGAGGCUCUACGUGCGCUGGAGGAAGCUGAGCAGCCUCUGGACAUGCUGAAGGAAGUUGAUGAGGAGUUGCAGGCCGCAACGAACCAAGGCAAGGAGACCUUAACCAAGACACUGAAAAGGCUCAUGAUGGAGUACCAUCCGGACCGGAACCAGAACCGCGAGAAGGAGAUCAUCCCCAUAUUCAAGUACCUUCGUCGGCUUCGCACAGAGCAGGGACGACCGGCCAGCGUCAUGGCACAGACCAAGGGACGCGUCGUCGACCGGCUUCCAGGCAGGGAGCAGAUUGGAAAGAAGGAAUGCCCAGAUAUUGUGGACAUCAGCUUACGGAGAAUGAUGUCGAGCCCAACUUUAGCUCGCAUAGGCUUCGCUCAAGAGAAUCGGCCCUGGCAAUCGGAAGGAGAGACCUUCGAGCAGCAAAUCUACCGCUUCGACGAGCAGGGUGAGCCUGAAUCCUGCGCUGUGGCACGUCGCUGGCUGCCGUUGCUGUCGGCCGGUGCCCUCUGGCAGGCGUGCUGUGACCCACGGCGGUAUGAUGGCUUUGGAAGCAGCAGCUGCUUCCCGGAGCCAGCCAACUUCACGUCUGACCUCUGGGCGUCACUGUUGGAUUCGACUCCGACGCCAGAGGAGCGGCAGAGCAGAUGGGCCAAUGCCACCCGAUUCCUUUUCGUUUCCUACCACAAGUCCGGCACAACGCUUACACUGGCGCUGCACGGCUCCCAGCUGCUCCGCCGUUGGGUUCUGGGAGCUGAAGACACCGGAAGUGGCGACUGGCUGCGCACUCUUUGGACUCGGACAAGCCCUGGGUUCCAACGGAGCAUGCGCCAGUACCAGACAAGCCGCGGGCGCCUGGUGCUCAUGAUCUCACCCAACGAGAUGAUUGAGCCUGAGAUCCAUGACCUUCUUCUGGAGGGGCGCGCGAAGCUCGUGCAUGUGGUGCGGAAGCCCACCGAGCUGCUCGUGUCUGCCUACCUCUACCACCUCUGGGCCUACAAGGAACCAUGGGCCAGGCCCUCCCUGGCCUAUCAACUUACUUGCGUACCACAUGUCAAGUUACCAGCGGCCACGGAGUUUCGGCACUUUCUGAGGCUGAAGGCAGUUACCGAAUGGGCCAACUGUAUCUUUGCACUGACCGCGAUGACUUGCUGGAUUCUCCUUGCGUAUCUGUCCGUGGCUACAGCUUGGAAUUCUGCAGCCACACUGGACAACUUCUACACUUUUCAGGAGUUCUACACCGAUGCCCAGUAUGGUCCCGACUUCGGGUACUACUCAACUGGACGGAUUCUACACUCCGAGCCGGUCACGAAGCAGGAUGCCUCGAACUUGGAGUACUUCAACUCCUACACAACCCAGCCCAUGUCCCUCAGCCCCUUCUUCGGCCAAGUGAUCGCAGACCGCUUGGUGAGCAUGUGGAUCUCGAUGGACCGGCCGGCGCCGUUCUUCGUGAUCGAGUUUGGAGGAGGCACUGGUAUGCUGGCCCGUGACAUCCUCACGCACGCGUCGAACGCGCACCCGGACUUCUACGAAGCCUUGCGCCGCUACGUCAUCGGUGAGCGCUCCCAAGCGCUGCAGCAGACGCAGAAGCGAACCUGCGCAAAGUUUGUGGAAAGUGAGAAGCUGCGUGUGGACAGCAGCGAUGCGCGAGGAGCUUCAAAGAUGAGAGAACUUCUGAGUGCUGAUGCGCAAGGGUCCCCACUCUACUCCGUGGUCCUCUCCAACGAGCUGCUGGAUGAAUUUGACCCUGUGCGUUUGCGCAUCUCAGCACUGACAAGUAUGUAA